GAGAAGGGUGGGGGCAUUAAGGGUAAAGGAAGAUGUUUUCUCGAAGCCAAACAAGUAAUCAAAUUCCCACGCCGACAAUUACUCUUCUUCUCAAUUCACAGUGUAGAUAACACCCACACUCUACACUCAAAAAGACACAUCUAGGGUUUGAGGGCUCUGAAUUAUAUGAGUUGGUUGUGAUUGGAUGGGAAUUGGAUUGCGGAGAAGAAGAGAGAGUAGCCAUGCGCAAGUCAUUUAAAGACUCCCUUAAAGCCCUUGAAGCCGAUAUUCAAUAUGCCAAUACUCUGUAUUCUCUCCUUCUCUACAAUUUUUUCCUUCUUCUACCUUUUUUUUUUCUUUGGGGGCAUGGAGGUUUCUGUUGAAUUUUCUGUUUUUGGGAUGUUGAGGUCGUUUAUUUUUGAGAUUUUGUGUUUGAUUUUCUAUGCUGUUGGAUUUUAGCUGUCUGAUAUAUGGUGGAAAAGAUUCAUUAGGAUCGAAACCAUAUCUGAUUUUGUUGAAAGAGAAUCUGCUGCGACCCACAAAUCUAUUCCACCUUGGGAUUAUUUUGCCUAAAUUUGAAGGAUAUCUUUAGGGUUUAUAGGUGUUUGGUUGGUGGUAAGACCGACUGUUGCCUUUUCUGUUUGGAACGAAGUUUCAACUUCUGGAUUGUGUACUUAUAUCUUGCCUAAUUUGAGGUUUUAAGCAUACUGGAGCAACCAAUUGAGAUUCAGACCCAAAUGGAAAUUAUGAAGUUCUACAUAUUAGAAACAUUCAUGCCCUUUGUUUUCCGAGGGGGAAAAAUCCGUUUUCUAGUUUCUAUUUUGGAUGGGAUUGCUAACGGACAUCCGUUUUCCCAUCCCAGGCAAUGUGGGGAAAUUAGUGGGUCCAAUUGUACACAAAUCGAACUUUGGGACACUGGAGUACUAUCUAAGCUUUUAAUGAUUUUUCAUUCUGUUGAUCGAGUGCUAUACAACAUAUUAAAGAGAAAGGGGUUUUCUUUUUUUCAACUCUGAUUUGGUUUCUGAUUUUGGGUUUGACUUAUACCAGGGCUUCUGGUUAUCAGAGGGAGUAUGAUGGUGCCUGCUUCCAGAUGAGGUUAUCUUAUAGUCCAGCUGCUCAUUUAUUUCUUUUUCUUGUUCAGUGGACUGAUUGUCACCUUGCUGGUGCUCUUGGAUUGCUUAGAAUCCUUAUUUAUAAGGCGUAUGUGGAUGGCAAGACCACAAUGUCUGUUCAUGAAAGGAAAGCCAGUUUAAGAGAGUUCUAUGGGGUAAUAUUUCCCUCUUUGUUGCAACUUCAAAGAGGAAUAACCGAUGUGGAAGAGAGGAAACAGAGAGAAAUUUGUGCUGCCAAGUACAAAAGGAAAGAUGAUAUGGACAAGGGGAAGCUCUCUGAAGUUGAUGUGGAGAGAGAGGAAGAAUGUGGCAUUUGCAUGGAGAUAAGCAGCAAGGUCGUCUUGCCCAAUUGCAAUCAUUCAUUGUGUAUGAAAUGCUAUCGGAACUGGCGUCCACGAUCUCAGUCAUGCCCCUUCUGUCGGGAUAGCCUUAAAAGAGUGAGCUCGGGUGACCUGUGGAUCUACAUGAACAGCCAUGAGAUUGACGACCUGUCUUCAAUCUCCAGGGAGAAUUUGAAGAGACUUUUCAUGUUCAUAGACAAGUUACCUCUAAUUGUUCCAGAUCCUAUGUUCAUGUCCUAUGAUCCUCCUUUCAGGUAAGGGCUGUUCUUCAGUUUCAGAUUUGUGUAUAAAAAACCUGGUUGGCUGUACAUAAAGAUUUCUUCCAUAUUAACACAUUGAAAUUGUAAUUAUGUUCCGCGGCCUUUGAUGCUUGAAUGUGAAGUCUGUGAAUACACAUUUGGCUAAUACAACCCAAAAUUCAUCUGUUGCUAUU